CUGUAUUUGCUUACAAUCUUUGUAGACAUGUGUUUUUGUUUAUUUGUCAUUAUCAGCUGUUUAUAAACACCAAAUUUGUCAUUUAUUCUAACUCUUGUUGAUUUUAAGAAAAAUUGCAUUUAUUUUUUAAAUAAUAUGACCUCAACAGAUUUGAAAAUUAUUUUGGAAUUCAGUGCCGGCGCUGAGCUACUUUUCGGUAACAUUAAAAAACGUGAAAUAUCUUUGCCUUCAACAGAAAAAUGGACCAUUAGAAGCCUUUUAAAAUGGAUGCAUGCUAACAUCCUUACCGAAAGACCUGAAUUAUUCAUACAGGGAGAUACUGUGCGACCUGGUAUUUUGGUAUUGGUUAAUGACACAGAUUGGGAAUUAUUGGGUGAACUAGACUAUGAAUUACAACAACGAGAUAAUGUUUUAUUCAUUUCUACUUUGCAUGGUGGAUAAGAGAGAGGAGAAAAGCUAACAAAACUCAGAAAUUAAGAUAAAUAAAAAUAUUUUGAGUAUAAAAUAUAA